AAUCGUGAUGAUCUACGCAUGGCGUGCGUAGCUUAGACAAGAUGAGACGGGGCCUGAGGCACGCGUGGCAAAUAGAACAGGAUUUGCACGAUGUAGGCCAAUUUAUCGAGGAAAAAAACUUGUAAUAUUGAUGGUAGGUCCGAUUCUCAGUUUCCCGGAAACUCGAUGACAGGUUAGUGCACUCAUGGAGCAUGUGUGAUGGAGGAAUAACAAAUAGUUCAGUGGCGCAAUCAAUAGGUGUGAUUCGCAGUAGCGUGGUCCGAUUGCCGUAAUUGAUUGAUUAGCUACUGGGCUUACGCAGUCACCUGUUCUCAGCGCGCACGACUACUACUAGUGCACACACUGCACUGGCAGGCGUACGAAGUUUUUAAGUUGAAAGAUUAUUCAAGUGGCAAAGAAAGAAGAUUAUUUAGUAUCUGUCACGAGCCUUUUCAGCAGCACUGUGCUAGUGCUACGCUCCUGACAAUCCUAUCGAAGCUUUCGUCUCGGUUGUACAUCUGCGACUGGAUUCAUCAGAGAAAACAUGGCAGGAUUACCGAGGACAGAUCUCACCACCGUGUUGUUGAUUUUGACCGUGUCGCUGCGCCCGUUCCCGGCGGUCCGUGGGCAGCAUUACGCCCCGUUCUUCAAUCCUGACUGUACAAGGGAUUGUUCGUGGAGAUACAUCAAUCGCAGUAUUAAUGCAACACAGGAUGGUGUUCCACAAAGACAAUUUUGUGAACUGACAACCAGUAACCCAAAUGGAUUAACAGAAAAGUGUCACAAUCCAUUCAGGCCUCCGAAGGACCCCCACGACAGACCAAGCAAACCCCAAAAUUUCAGAGUGACAGACUUCAACAAGAACAUCAGCUCAUCUGAUGGGGCCUCUGGGGUCGAGCAAUACACCUGCGUGCAUAUCACAUUCAAUUUGGAGCCAACCGCGGCACGCAAUGUAAAGGGACUACAGCUGUCGCUGUGGCCAAAAUCAAUUGAAGACCUCAACAAGAACUUCUGUGUGAACUUGAAUUUCAGCGCGACAGGCCUCAACUAUUUUGCUGUUUUGGAUAAGUCUGAGAAUCAGAUGGAUUUGACUUUUUCCUGUUUCUGUGGACUGAAGCCGGGCAGGAUUUAUACCGUUGGUGUACGCACCAUGCCAGUUGAUAUCAUAGGGAGCAGUCCCUACGAUACUGUUCAGAAAUUUGAUCAUUUGCCCCCAGGAUGUAACGACCGAACAAAAGAGAAAGAUAUCCGAUGUCAAAAAAGUGCAGCAGCACGAUGGCAACCGCGAUGUAAAAUCAUCAAGCAAGACACGAGCACACCACACCAUAAGGGAGACUAUGACAUCGUUGAAUUCUCCUUCGAGGCAGCCCCUGACAGCUACAGUUUUGAUGUUUACGAUGUGUUUGUGUACCGAGAUAAACAAGGUGGUUACAUUGACUAUGUUCCAGUGAAAAUGGCUUCUGCAACAACUUUGAAUCGGACGUGUAGUGAGCUGAACAAGAGUGUUCCGUUUGUUGUGAUUCAUUUCAAUGUCUCAAGUUGGCCAUCUGAUACGGAGUUCUAUAUUAAGAUACAGCCACAUUCCAGGGUUCGCAAGUCUUGCCAGAAUGCGGAUGGAACCGAAACUCAAUGCAAAGUCACAUUCACCGACAAUUUCAAAGUGAUUGAGGAUCCAUGCAAACACAGUCCGUGUGGCAAUCAUGGGGAAUGCAUCUCGGAAGAAGACCAUUAUGAUUGUGAAUGCGCCCUAGGCUAUAUGGUUUUGGCUGGUACAUGCAUAGAGGACCCCUGUCAGAGUGGACGCAACUUCAGCAAUCCCUGUCAGUAUGGAGAGUGCACUUAUACGCUGGACAGAGAUGAUUAUGACUGUUAUUGUUAUAAGACCUACAUGAAAGUGCGAAGGACAUGCUUGGCCGAUCCAUGUUCUGAAAACCCAGAGACUGGCACUACAGUCUGUGGUGCACAUGGACAUUGCAAUCGAACACUGAGCAAAGAAGUUGUGAGUCAUGCAUGCAUCUGUGACACAGGCUAUAGUACUCAAGACAAGAAAAUGUGUGAAGAGGCUACUAAGCUUACGUGGUUUGUCAUAGUUAUAAGCUGCAUAGCUGGGGUGCUGCUGUUCGUCUUGCUGUUUUGUCUCGGAAAAAGAGCAGGUCUCUGCCACUGUAAAGAGGACGUAAGAAUUGACAUCGGUAACGGACAACAUGCACCUCAAGUGAUAUACACAGUUAUCCCAAAACCAGAACCAGAUAGUCACCUGGUGGAUUUGGAAAUUUCGACUCGACGUGUUCUACCCAUAUUUUCUGAGGACCACCCGAGACACAAAGAUGUGGUGAUGAAGUUUUGCCGUUUCCUGCAUCGACACUUGAGAUGUGAGGUGUCCGUGAUUGAUUGGCAGUCGUCCAUCGGCCCCACCGUGGAGAUGUGGCUGACUAAAGAGAUUGAGAAGGCCGACAUAGUCUUACUGCUGUGCUCCAAGGGUACCGGACUAAAAUACGACGCCAGAGCUAGGAACAACCCAGUCCCCACCAACUCAGAAUGUGAAUACGGCGACGUAUUCGUCAAGGCGCUCACCCUACUGGAUGACUAUUUCAGCAGGAACAAUGCUGACGAGAAGUUUGUUGUCGGCUACUUUGACUACUCCAGCACGGACGACAUACCGGUGACAUUCCGACGCUUUAAGAAAUACCGCCUGAUGCAGUACAUUGAGGAUCUCUGUCUGAGGAUUCACGGGAGGGUAAGAGACAGUCCUCACUCCAGCCGACGCGUUCCUGACUUGCAGCGGUACCAGGAUUUCGAGAUGGGUAGGCCACUGUACGAGGCUAUCGAGACAAUGAAAGAGAUGAUCCGAGGUGACGAGUUCUGGUAUAAGAACGACAAGGUGGAGCUGACAAAAGCACCCUCUUUCUUCUUUGAUGAUGACUCCAGCGGACAAGGAAGUGAUGGAGACAAUUAUGAAGAGCUAAUGUCACAAUUAAAUAGCACCUUGCCACGUGUACAAGGUGAUGAAGACUUAUUUACUAGGUCUGAGAUGCACGCAUCACUUGAGGCAAGGAGUUCCAGCUUGCCAACGCAUGAAUUCCUCACCGAUAACUUUGAACCAGUGAAGGAUUCAGGGUAUAUGUCGUUUAAGAAUUGUAAACCAUCAUUAUGUUGAACAUUCUACUGAUGAAGAUUCGGGGGGGGGGGGUAUACAGCUUAAUAAUAUGCAAACAAUAGCAACAUUUGUCAACACAUUCGCACAAGCGGGACUGACCGUGCUAACCAACAACUGGUAAACAUUGGCAAUAAGGCAAACGAUCCCGAGUUGUUAUGUUUUCCAAUAUGGCCGAAUCAGUCAUUGUUGGCCCCGUAGCUGAAAUAUGCUAUAUUGUACAAAAAUCUCCCAUAAAUCACACACCACUGGUGAAAUUUCACUUCUUGUCACAAUUAUUCUUUGAAGUUUUUGAAAGCUGGUAUCCACACAUUGACAGGUCCCCCUUGGCGAGCAAUUGCCCCCCCCCCCCCCCACCGGCAAAA